UGACGAGUGAGUCUGUCAGGAUAAAGUGAAAGUAGCUUACUGUGAUCACACAGUAAAGCUUUCGUUUUGUCGGUUUGUUUUCCAAACUUUAAUCAUAAAUAUGAACAAACUUGUCGGGAUUUUGAGGGUACGAGGAGAAAUAAGGCAAAAAACAGAAGUAACAAGUGAACCAGAAACGAAGUGUGUGACUGUUUUCCGCUUCAGAAAAGGAAGUGCAUGUCUAGAAAGUGCUGCAAUGAAGACUGAAAGAGAAACUACGUAAUUCUGUCUCAAAGUCUGUGGCUGGAACUAAACUCACAACUGCAUUAUGGCUGAUCAUCCUGACCGGCUGUGUGAUUCUGUAUCUAACCAGUCAUCCAUAGUCGCCCAUAGUGGAGGCGUCGCCAACGUACCUCAAAUAAUUGGUUGCCAUGUGACAGGAUCAGUGAACUUCAACAUUGCAACACAUGUGCAUGCUUCAGCAAACAACGAGCAAGCCCAAUGUACAGAUUCAUCUAAGGAUAAGGCUACUAAUGCUGUACAAAGCAACAUCCAGCAACUCAGUGAGAGACUGAAAUUCAGUUUCAAGGGGAAGUUUGAGAGAAUCUUUGAAGGACUUGCGAAAAGGGGAAACCAGACUCUCUUGAACAGGAUUUACACAGAACUUUACAUCAUAGAAGGAGAGAGUGUAGGGGUGAAUGAAGAACAUGAGGUUUGGCAGAUUGAUACUGUGAUGAAGACACAACUGUACAAAGACACUCCAAUCUACUGCAAUGACAUCUUUAAACCCUUACCUGAACCAGGAUGUGAGGGGAAGAGAAAAGACCAAAUAAAGACUGUUCUUACUAAAGGCAUAGCUGGAAUUGGAAAAACAGUCUCUGUGCAGAAGUUUAUUCUGGACUGGGCCGAGGGAAAAGCCAAUCAGGAUGUAGAUUUCAUGUUUGUGCUUCCAUUUCGAGAGCUGAACUUGAUUAAAGAUGAGCAGUACAGUCUUCACAAACUUCUGCUGGACUUCCACCAUGAUUUAAAACAGAUGGAAAGUGUGGAGAUUUAUGAGAAAGGUAAAGUUGUAUUUAUAUUUGAUGGUCUGGAUGAAAGUCAGCUCAACAUGUAUUUUGACACAGAAAGAAGAGUCUCUGAUGUGACUAAAAAAGCAAAGGUGGACGACCUGAUCAUCAAUCUCAUAAAAGGAAAUCUUCUUCCAUCUGCUCUGUUGUGGAUCACCUCUCGACCAGCUGCUGAAGACAAGAUUCCACCAGAGUUCCUGGAUCGUGUGACAGAAAUACGUGGAUUCACUGACCCUCAGAAGGAGGAAUAUUUCAGGAAGAGAAUCAGUGAUGAGCAUCAAGCCAGCAGAAUCAUCUCACACAUUAGAAAAGCAAGAAGCCUCCACAUCAUGUGCCACAUACCAGUCUUCUGUUGGAUAACAGCAACAGUUUUGGAGAAAAUGCUGAAAAACGGAAAUGAACAAAUCUCCUCAUCUCUGACUGAAAUGUACACCCGCUUCCUUCUUAUCCAGAUCAAUGAAAACAAGAGAAAAUACUUUGGAAUCAGACAAAUGGAUGCACGGAAACUGUCCGACUCAGAUGUAGAGAUCGUUCUUAAACUCGGCCAUCUUUCUUUUGAAAAGCUGAAGGAGGGUGUUCUUGUGUUUUCUGAGAAGGAGCUGAGAAAGUUUGGCAUUGAUGUGAACGAGACAUCAGAGUGGCCAGGGAUUUGCACACAUAUACUCAAAGAGGAAGAUCCGAUGUUUACAGUGAGCAAAUACAGCUUUGUGCACUUCAGCUUUCAAGAGUAUCUUGCAGCUCUCUACGUGUUCUGCUCAUUUGUUGUGGAGAAAGACAAUCUGCUGGAGCCCCUCCGAAAAAAGCUAGAAGCUAGAAGAUUGGCUGUUUAUUAUGAUUACAGUGAUGAUGAAUACGAUCACGAGUAUGAUGGCUUUGCAGAUGAUGACCCAAACAGAGCUUCUGUGAAAGAGGAAACCUUGCAUGACUUCCAGAGAUGCGCCAUCGAUUUAGCUUUGGAGAGCCCACGUGGACAUCUGGAUCUUUUUCUGCGGUUCCUUCUUGGUCUCUCCUCUGACCACUGUCAGAUGUUGCUGAGGUGCUUUCAACUGACAGAGAACAGUGUUCUGGACGAUAUUCAAAAGACAAUACUCUACAUCAAGACCAAGCUCAGAGACGACAACAACCGGAGAGCUCCAUCUGCAGAACGUUGCAUAAACCUACUUUUCUGUCUGUUGGAGCUAGGCGAUCAGUCCAUGAUAGAGGAGAUUCAAAGAUUUAACAACUCUGAGCAACAAAUGAGACAGAAGCUGACAGUUGGGCAAUGCUCCACUCUGGCCUACAUAAUACAGAUGUCAGAGGAGGUUCUGGAUGAGCUGGACCUUAGCAAAUACAACACAUCGGAGGAAGGUCGAUUGAGGCUAGUACCAGCUGUGAUCAACUGCAGAAAUGCCAAAUUAUCAGCGUGCAUUCUUAACAAGAAUUGCUAUGAGACAAUAGCCUCUGCGCUUCUAACAUCUAACUCAGUCUUGCAAGAACUGGAUGUCAGCUGGCAGUGUCUGAGUGACCUAUCACCUCUCCUUCCUGGACUGGAGAGUUCCUUUUGCAGACUGCAGACUUUGAACUUCAGUCACACUAAACUGGAGAAAACAGGGGCUUUUCUUCUGCGUGCUGCUCUGUUGGGCCCUCACAUUCAACCUCAUACCUUGAGAGUCUUUGCGUGCAGUCUCAAAGAUGAUUGUGCUGAUGUUCUGGCUUUGGCCCUUGAGCUGUCUGAAUCGAGACUGAUGGAGCUUAAUCUCGGCUACAAUAACUUCACUCCAGUUGCAGUUGAACGAGUCUGUCAGGGGAUCUUGUGUCCUAAUUGUGAGCUGAUGAAAUUCAGCCUAUCUGGCUGCCAGGUUAGUAUGGAUUCUUGCAUCAUGUUGGCUUCAGCUCUAAGAGACUCGUUUCUGACCAAGCUGGAUCUGACGAAAAGCUCGUUAGGAGAUCAAGGAGUGAAGCUGCUCUCAGCUGGACUGAUGAGUCCUCACUGUCAGUUGAACAUACUGAGGCUCCGAGAAUGUGCACUCUCAGGAACCUCAUGUCUUUACCUGGCAGUGGCAUUGAGCUCUUUCUCUGUCCUGAGAGAGCUGGACCUGAGUAACAAUGACCUGCAGGAUUCAGGAGUGAAGCUGCUCUCUGCUGGUUUGCAAAACUCUAUUAUUAAAUGUCUGAGGCUAUCUGGCUGUAGGGUGACAGAGGAUGGCUGUUGUUAUGUGGCUUCAGCUCUGAUUUCAAACCCUUCACACCUGAUAGAGCUGGAUUUAAGCUACAAUCACCCAGGAGAAUUAGGAGUCAAACUGCUCUCUGACAGACUCAACGAUCCAAACUGCAGUCUGGAGAUUCUAAAACUGGAUCAUGGUGGACCUUCUCGAAUAAGACGAGGUUUUUGGAAAUACUACCAAGAGCUCAACAUGUGGACCACACACCCUGAUCUGGCUCUGUCCCCAGACAGAAAAGGAGUGAUUGGAUUACCAAAGAUCUACUUCCCAUUCUUUGGUGAAGAUGAGGAACCAGCCUCCUGGGUUGAAGCAUCCUGCCAGGAAGAGUUAUCAGAAGGUCGUUUUUACUGGCAGGUUGACUGGAAUGGUUUGGUAACUAUUGGAGUGAAAUUCAAACAACGAAAAAGUUUUGCCAGAAAGAUUCUUAAACUUUUUUGCACCAAAGACAUAUACUGUGCAACUCAAGAGGACAAGUUCCGUACACAAUCCAUCUCAGUCAGUAAAAUGCCCAAGACCAAGACAAUAGGAGUGCUUCUGGACUGUGGAGAAGGAACUCUCUCCUUCUACAGCAUCUUCUCUCAUGGCUCAAGUCAUCUUCACACACUUCACACUACAUUCUCUGAGCCGGUGUCUCCCUUUUUCAUGUUCAAUGUGGCAUAUGAGGAAACUCACCCUCCGUCUGUGAUCAUACACACACUAGUGCCAAGUUCUGUUGUACAGACACAGAUAAUGAUGAUACCAAAUGCUAUGGAUGUACUUGGCUACCCUUACACAGUAUAAGUUCAGUUAUUUAACUGUAGUACAAGUGUGGUAAAUUAGACCCAGUAGAACAGCAGUGCUGAAAAUUGAAGAGCUGCUGAAUCCAAAUCACCACACUUGAAAAUCGUAUGAUUAAUUCUGAGAGAAACAUGCCGUAGAGGAAAAUUUCUUAAUUCUUUGCAUUCAGUCGAUUACAUUUGAGCAAGAUCAAAUGCAUUUUUUCUUGCUGAAAAACAAAGAUUAUGUAGAGCAAUGUAAUCUCAAAUUCAUUUUGUUGACAUUACAUAUAACUUCGCAACGUUCUUAAAAUUACCUGGUGUUUUGUUUUUUACAUGUAACAUCACAUUUGAAUGCAGCUUUAACUCUCCAGUCUCAUUUCCAAUGGUCAUUAACCCUCGGUACUGAAAUGCAUCUGUUAUGGUUGCAGUUAUGCUCUGUAUAUUUUUGGCUAUUUUAUAUUAAAGAUCUCACAUACAA